GAAAGAAGGGGAUCGUACCUGCAGACUCGCGAAGUGCACAUGACGCAAACUUCCUGGUGUGCGACGAUCCAAUUUUGAUGCAGUCGGCACUUCAGAGACACAGACAGGCAGACCUCCACCGACCCGAGUACAGACACAAUGGAUUGGUCAUCAUCCUCCUCCUCCAGCCUGAUGGCCAGCAGCAACGUGACCAACAAGACCGACCCCCACUCCCUCAACUCCCGCGUCUUCAUCGGCAACCUCAACACCCUGCUGGUCACCAAGGCUGAUGUGGAGGCGAUCUUCUCCAAGUACGGCAAGAUCGUCGGCUGCUCCGUCCACAAGGGCUACGCCUUCGUCCAGUACUCCAACGAGAGGAACGCCAGGGCCGCCGUGGCCGGGGAGGACGGCCGCAUGAUCGUUGGACAGGUGCUAGACAUCAAUCUGGCAGGUGAACCGAAGCCUCAUAGAUCGAAGACAGUGAAGCGAUCUGCAGGAGACAUGUACAGUUCAUCUUUUGAUUUGGACUACGACUUCCAAAGAGAUUACUAUGACAGAAUGUACUCCUACCAGUCCCGGGUGCCUCCUCCCCCUCCCCCUCUGUCCCGCGCGGUCAUCCCCUCCAAACGUCCCAGGGUGAGCCUGAGCAGCGGAGGGAGCCGACGAACCAAGACCAGCUUCUCCUCCUCCUCCUCCAAGAGCAGCCAGAGAACUUCACGUACAAUGAAAGCAGAUGAUCUACAGACCAUAAAAAGGGAGCUUACACAGAUCAAACACAAGGUGGACUACCUGUUGGAGAGCUUAGACCACAUGGAGAAGGACCACAGCAAGAAAUCAGAGAUGAAAAGCUCCAAACCUGAGCCAGGUGAAGUGUCUCCUCUUCACUCAUCUACCUCCAGCAAGAAGGAAGACAGUCUGAAGAGGGGCAAAGAGAGCCGGGAGCUGAAUGACUCAGAGGAGGAGGGAGACCUGCUGGAGGAUGAAGAUGAGACGAAAAGCAGAGGGAGAGAGGACGAUGAUGAUGACGAAGGUGAGCAGGAGGAAGGAGAAGACGAUAGUGCUAACGGAGAUGAAUCCUGAAUGUGAAACACACACACUCACAUUUCUCCACACCAGACUUGUACGCAGUGGUCAUGUCUGCUGAACUGACUGGACAGUUAUUUACAUCAUAUGGUAGCUAUCACUCCUCUCAUGUACAAAUUCACAGAUAUGAGAAGUACUUGUUUCAGAAUUUUCUUUCAAGUCGGAAAGGUAAAUAUGCUCUUUUUUUUUUAUUUGACUUUUUAUAUGAACAUGUUUCUGCUUCUUUCACAUAAACAGCAAACUCAGCCGAGCUUAACUGUAACGUUUUAUGUGUUUGAACGAUUUGUCACAACGGAUUAAAGAACUGAUUGAAAAA